AGCUGGAACAUUUCAUCAGUGACGGGUCACAGAAAACUCCAAAAUAACCACGGGAGCGGUCGCAGUUGCCACGGUAACAGCAGCAUCUCAGCAGGAAUCCACCCCAGCCAUAUCCAUCAAUCUUCUUAUCCCACGGAGUCCUGCAUGUUUUAGAGAAGCAGGUGUCUGGGCAAGUGGUGAGCUACAUUUGUCCCAUCUGCAGGCCUCUGCUCUUCAAUGGCGACCCGCAUUGACCAACUUGCUCGGCCUAAACCCAACCUGCUCAAAUUCCCUGACAGACGAUCCGUAUACUGGUUGGAUGAGCUUCCUCCAUCAUUGAACAGCUCCUCCACUGCAUUUGAUCUGACUCCACGCUGGUCAAAGCUAGCAGAGAGUAAAAAGCUUAUCCCUAACUUUGAGGACAAUAGGCAAUCUCCUGGAUGGAAGUUGAGUGCAGCAGUACUGAAGGCUCGCCCCUCUGACAGAGUGUGUGCACUCGCUUUACCCCGCAUGCCUGCUGCUGGCUGGCAGCCUGAUCGCCCCCUGCUGCCCACAGUAAGUGUGGCAGUGAGAACAGCCAAGGCGAAUGCCUGGAUCUGCCAGUUGGCUCGCCCGAGGAAGAUGUGUGCAGCAAUGACUCAGUUCUGCAGCUCUGAAAUCUCUCCUUCAGUUCCAUCUUUAGCCAAACCGUCCCCUCGCACGCACCUCCUGGCCACCCCUAAACAGGACCAUCCACAGUACUGUCCAGACAGGCCUGUAUCAUGGCCUGUGGCCAAGCCCGCUCUGGAAGCUGUAGCCAGUGAGAGGUUGCAAGUGUUGGCCACGCCCCGGCUCCGGAAGCCUCUUUUUGAGGGUUUUGACCCCUACAGAGUCAGUUCGGCUGCCCGUGCUGCUACUGCAUCUCCCAGGUUGCAGGAGCUGGCCCUGCCCCCAGCACGCAGGUGCAGGAGGAGAUGAAGCAGGGUUGACGUAGGGCCUGAUAUUUCAUAUUUAAAAAUGCAAGCCUCCCUUUACCUCCCUUUUAGCCUUUAAUUAGGCCCAAAUGGACAAUAUGCAUUAAUUGUUUGUCAUCUUCCUUUUCCUUAUCCAUUCUUUUACACAGAUUUAUUGUGCACUGUGUGAUUCUUCAGGUAUAGUCACAGUAAGCCAGUCUUUAAAAAGAAGGACACUCAUCCACUGUGUAAUUCUAGUGUGUUAAUGAUACUAUGAGUAUGAUAAUAUGAUACUAUUUGUACUAUGAGUUGUGCUUUGGACACCUUCAUGAAGCAGAUGAAUCUGAUGAUUGAAAUGUGUGGUAGAGUAUUCAAAGAGAUCUCAGUCAAAACUUGGUGAAGCACAGGUAUUUGUAAUCAUAUCUUUAUCAGAAUAUGCAUUUUAGAUCUAAACAUCAAGCCAGACCUUUUUGAGCCUCUACAUGACGUUAAUACAUAACACCAUAUGAUAUGACCCAAAAAAAUAUGCAAAAUCGAA